CUGUGGUAUCCUUUGCCCACCAGAGUUCAAGUCCCAGACUUGACGUUGGUGCUUGCAUUUUCCUAGAUUUAUUCCAGGUAUUUCGGCGAAGUGCUUUCAAUGGGAGGAGACGUUCUCGUCGACAACGAAGGCGUCAGUGGCGACUUCAUCAAUCUCAAGAUGAUGUGCCGGCUUAGUCUCUCGAAGGUGCUCAUGUGAGCGACUUCGAUUGUACUCUGCUUAAAAAAAAAGACUCCCUUGUUGCUUCGUUGGCUGUAGACAGUACACGGCAGCUGUAGAUAACAUGACUAUUUUUUUGUUCUGUUAUCUGGUGCCCGGGGUUUACUCCUCGUGUUGGAAAAAGGACCCCCGUGCAAGCAAAUGUAUUUGCAUAUUUCUUACAAGAAAAAUUUGCCUUCUGCAUAUCCUAAUUUCUAAUAAAAUAAUCGAGGCAUAAAAUAUAUUUUUGUAAAAUAAACAAAUAAAUCAUUCUGCCUAUGAUUCCCUUCUUGGACCGUUUCUAUAGGGUGAAAUAGUUGGAAAACUCUGCAACAUUGGGCUUCAUGCCACGGCCCAUACGCAUGCCCUCGGCCUUCUUGGGCCGAACAAACAAGUGAGACCAGCUUGUCAGUCUCGCCCAUCAAAAUAAACCCCAGAACCAUUGCCCCCAACCUCGCCCCACCCUUUCUCCCCCCGCCUUGCCGCCGCCGCCUCACGCGCGCCCCUCCUGCUGCCAUGGCGAAAUCAUCGUCGGCGACGGCGUCGGGCACUAAGAAGCGGAAGUCUAAAUCCGGGGCCCUCACCCAAGAGGAGGUGAAGUCGCUCGGCCUGGAGCUCCUCUCCUCGCGCGCCCAUCUCAACCACGCCCCCACCCUCCUCGCGCUCCUCUCCCCCACCGCGCCGCUCAGCAUCGCCCUCGAGGCGCUCAUCUCGCUCCAGUCCUUCUUCGAGCCCCUGCUCCCCUCCAUCCCCUCCGCCUCUGCCGCCGCCGCCGUCGCUGCAGGAGGUGCGAGCGACGACCCCGAGCUCGUGUUUGGGGCAUGGCUGCGGCAGCGCUUCGAGGAGUUCGUCGCGGCGCUCGUGGAGCUCAGCGUGUCGCCGGACAGCGGCGACGCGAUCAGGGAAGUGGCGCUUGAUGCGUUCAUGGAUUUCGUGAAGCUGGGGAAGGACGGGAGUUUCAACUCAGCAAUUUACCACAAGUUUCUCCAUGCUGUAGUUCAUGCUACUGAUUCGAUUGAUGCUGUUCUAGAGUUGCUUGGGUCCAAGUACGCUAAGUAUGCUGAUGUUUGUUUUUUUACUUAUACUAGCUUAGAUAAGAUCGCCAACAGUCUGGGCAGUCAAACCACUGGCUCUGGAAAAGAUGGCUUGCAAAAUGGGGAUGACGGGGCUAAAGACAGGAGUGCUAUCUGUGUACACAAUGUGUACAAUAUUUUGGUGCAUAUUCCCGCGUUGGAUUUUAAGAAGGAAACAAAGUUUGAUAUGUGGAGUACCGUCGGCCUUUCUUCAAAAGGAGAGAAGGACACCUCUGAGGGCUCCUCUGCUACGCGUAUAAGCAAAAAGCUAAAAUUGAAGUUCACCAAAGCAUGGCUGGCCUUUCUGAAGCUACCACUUCCACUUGAUGUCUACAAGGAGGUCCUUGCCACACUUCAUCAGAAUGUUAUUCCUUCAAUGUCAAACCCAGCCAUCUUGUGCGAUUUCUUGACUACAUCAUACGACAUAGGCGGUGUUAUCAGUGUGAUGGCCUUAAGUGGUCUAUUCAUCCUUAUGACACAGCAUCAGCUUGAAUAUCCAAAAUUCUAUGAUAAGCUCUAUGCAUUACUGACUCCUGCUGUGUUCAUGGCAAAACAUCGGUCAGUGUUCUUGCAACUUCUGGAUGCUUGUCUGAAAUCUUCGUAUCUUCAAGCAUAUCUUGCCGCUUCAUUUGCAAAACGAUUGAGUAGACUCGCCCUUUCAGUGCCACCAGCUGGAGCUCUUAUCAUCAUUGCUUUGAUUCAUAAUCUGCUGCGGAGGCACCCAUCCAUUAAUUUUUUGGUUCACUGGGAAGUUGCUCAGGAUGAUGGAGAAGCUAGUCGACCUAAGAAGAUUGGUGCUGACCCUUUUAACAAUGAAGAGACAGACCCUGCAAAGUCUGGCGCAAUGCGAAGUUCUUUGUGGGAAAUAGACACACUGCGCCAUCACUACACUCCUGCAGUUUCAAGAUUUGUUGUGUCGCUUGAAACUGAUCUCACUAUUCGGGCCAAAACAAUGGAGAUGAAGAUCACAGACUUUAGUUCAGGCUCCUAUGCAACAGUUUUCCGAGAUGAGGCCCGGCGGCGGAUAAAACAAGUCCCACUUGCGUUCUACAGAAGUACACCAACAUCUUUAUUUCAAGAGUCGGAUUUUCCUGGAUGGACCUUUGGGUGUCAGUCGAAUACCGGGGCGCAAGCUAGCGUAGAAGGAAAUGCGGUCCACACGCUAGAAACCGUUGAUGCCUCACCCGCUAAAAGGCAGCUGCCAUCGGAUGGGGCCCUCGCUGAGUCAGCCGACCUGACAAGGUUCUCACGGAUAAUGACAUGGGGCAGGCUGGCUUUAACAGGCCAGACAGUCGUUGGCAUCUCGACCUCUCUUGUUCGCACGGGCCACCGGCACUUCACGCCCUUCUCGUGUCGUCUGAUUAUUAGAAGCAACUGCCGACCAGAGCUUCUUCAGGCCCAGCGCCUUUCUGUCGUUGAGCUGAAGGAUGGACGCCUAAGAACACCUCAGCAGUCUUCUAGACUCGCCAUGAAGUUCACACUCCAUUUUUGGGGCCUUUUCUGUUGUCUGUAUGCACUCAGCAAGAAUAUCUAUGCGAGGCCCGAUACAGUGAGUGUUGGAGCUCUUUUCACAUUCAAUUCCACAAUAGGGAGAGCUGCCAAGAUUGCCAUUUCUGCUGCUGUCAAUGACAUCAACAAAGAUUCAAGCAUCCUUCCAGGCACAAACCUGGUUGUCGAGAUGCAAGAUUCCAAUUGCAGUGGCUUCGUUGGCAUUGUGCAAGCAUUGCAAUUCAUGGAGAAAGAUACAGUUGCAAUCAUCGGCCCACAAUCUUCUGUCAUCGCGCAUGUUAUUUCUCAUGUUGCAAAUGAACUUCAAGUGCCUAUGCUGUCCUUCGGUGCAACUGAUCCAACUCUCACGUCACUUCAGUUUCCUUUCUUGGUGAGGACAACCCGUAGUGAUCAUUUUCAAAUGGCUGCUGUUGCUGACUUAGUCGACUACUAUGGGUGGAAGCAAGUGACAGCUAUAUUUAUGGAUGAUGAUUAUGGAAGAAACGGCAUAGCCUCUUUAGGUGAUGAACUUGUCAAGAGGCGAGCUAAGAUCUUGUUUAAAGCUGCAGUUAGGCCAGGAGCAAAAAAGAGUGAAAUGGCUAGUGUGCUGAUCAGGGUUGCACUGAUGGAAUCUCGGGUUGUAAUUCUGCAUGCAAAUCCUGACUCUGGGCUUGCACUUCUCUCGCUGGCACGCAAUCUCGGCAUGACAUCAAGCGGGUAUGUGUGGAUUGCAACAGAUUGGCUCAGUUCAUUCCUGGAUUCAUCGCCACGCCUCGACAGCGGAUUACUGAGCACAAUGCAGGGUUUUCUCACAUUACGCCAGCACACAGAAAAUACCAGAAGGAAGAGGAUGCUAGCUUCGAAAUGGAGUGCAUUGGUAAAGAAGGAUAGUGUCGAUGACCAGUUCUUGAUUAAUUCGUAUGGGUUUUAUACUUACGAUACUGUCUGGAUUCUUGCUUAUGCGCUGGAUGCAUUUUUCAGUAGUGGCGGAAACAUUUCUUUCUCAAAUGACACCAAGCUACAUGAAGUUGGGGCAGGGGGUCUGCAAUUGAACGCAAUGACUGUCUUUGAUGGGGGGAGGCUGUUACUAGAAAGGAUCCACCAAGUGAAUUUCACGGGUGCAACUGGCCCUGUAAAAUUUGAUACAGAUGGUAAUCUUAUCCGGCCUGCAUACGACAUCAUUAACAUAGUAGGAUCUGGUCUGCGGCCAGUUGGUUACUGGUCCAACUAUUCUGGCCUGUCCACCUCGUCGCCUGAGACUCUUUACAUGAAACCAGCAAAACGUGUUAGGGGAGAUCAGAAACUCCACACUGUGAUAUGGCCAGGUGAGACUACAGUAAAGCCACGUGGAUGGGUGUUUCCCAACAAUGGAAUUGAGCUGAAAAUUGGAAUUCCCAAUAGGGCAAGCUACCGUCAAUUUGUGUCAGCUGACAAUAACACCGGGACGGUGCGUGGUUUCUGUAUUGAUGUGUUUCUUGCUGCAGCAAACUUGUUACCGUAUCCAGUUCCAUUUAAGUUUAUUCCGUUUGGUAAUGGUAGUCAGAAUCCAAGCUAUCCAGAGCUUAUCAACAGUAUUGUAACGAAUGACUUCGAUGCUGUGGUAGGUGAUAUCGCUAUUGUCACAAAUCGUACAAGGGUUGUCGACUUCACUCAGCCAUAUGUUGAGUCAGGGCUUGUGGUACUUACCUCUGUUAAGAAGCAAAGCUCGAGUGGAUGGGCCUUUUUGCAGCCAUUCACCAUCAAAAUGUGGUGCGUCACAGGGUUGUUCUUUCUUGUCAUAGGAACGGUGGUUUGGCUGCUUGAGCAUAGAAUCAAUGAUGAUUUCCGUGGGCCUCCAGUGAAACAAGUUAUCACUGUAUUCUGGUUCAGUUUCUCAACUCUGUUCUUCGCGCACAGAGAGGACACGAGAAGCACCCUCGGCCGCUUUGUGAUCAUCAUAUGGCUCUUCGUGGUCCUCAUCAUCCAAUCCAGCUACACUGCCAGCUUGACCUCCAUACUCACCGUGCAGCAGCUCAUAUCUCCAAUCACAGGGAUCGAUAGCUUGAUCGCCAGUGACGAGCCCAUCGGGUUUCAAGUCGGCUCCUUUGCGGAAAGUUACCUUGUGAACGAACUCGGUGUCUCGAGAUACAGGCUUAAAGCGCUCGGUUCUCCGGACGAGUAUAAGCAAGCGCUUGAGCUUGGCGCUGGCAACGGAGGCGUCACUGCCAUCGUCGACGAGCGUCCCUAUGUUGAGAUCUUCUUGCUCCAGCAUCCCAAAUUCGCCGUGGUGGGUUCAGAGUUCACCAAAAGCGGCUGGGGCUUCGCGUUCCCGAGGGACUCGCCGCUGGCGGUGGACCUGUCGACGUCGAUCCUGGCGCUGUCGGAGAACGGCGACCUCCAGCGGAUCCACGACAAGUGGCUGGCGAACGACGCGGCGGUGUCCAUGUCUCAGAACAACGAGCUGGAGUCGGACCGGCUGCAGGUGUACAGCUUCUCGGGGCUGUUCCUCAUCUGCGGCGUGGCGUGCCUCGUCACCCUCGCCAUACACGCCGGCAUCCUCGUCCACAAGUACUGCGAGCAACAGCGGCAGGUGUCGGCCGAAGGCAGCUCCCGCUCCAGCCGCAGCAGCUUCCAGGCCUUCCUGUCCUUCGCCGACCGACGGGAGAUGGACACCCGGAUAGCGUCCAAGGACAAGGCGGCAGGAGGAGACCACUCCGUCGGCGCGGCGUCGAGUAGCAGCGCCAGCACCGCCGCGUCGUGCUAGAGAGACGGACGGUCGGACGGACGGCUCCCGGUUAAGCUUCCAACGUAGUAGUAGUAACUAGGUGCGACAUGCAGCAUAUAGCAGUAACCCCCGACGUAACGUAAGUAAGUAAUUUAAUUGGCGCUGUGCUGCAGAGUGGCCUCUCCUCGUGCUGCAAAUGUUCUCUCUCCUCGUGCUGCAGAAUUGUAGAGAUGCGUAAGCUGUUGUGCACAUGGAGCAUCUUACAGUGCCAGCUCCCGAGCAACUGUAACUUCUGGUCUUCUGCUGCGUCCUGCCGCUUCCUAUAUACAACGCUAAUAUAACUAUCUGCUUUUGGGUUGUGUCUUGUACUGUUGUACAGUUGUACUUCCUCUGUAAAGAAAUAUAAGAGCGUUCAUCUAAA